UGAAAGCAUCUGUCAGUGUCAUAUACUUGACGCUUUACACAAUCUGAUUCCCGAACAAUUUUUUAAACGGUGUUUUCCGUGCUUAGAGCUACUAUUUGUCGCAAAUUCUAGGAAAGUGUUACUAUAAAACUCCGGUUUAUUGUCUUGAGCACUUUGAGAAUAUUGCUACAUCUACUCUCGCAUUGAGAACUCACAGAAAUUCCAUUGUUCCUGAAGAAAUCUGUAGGGAAUUCAAAUGGACCUGGAAAAUUUGGCUUCUUCCAUAGAGGAUUUGACUGAUAAUGCAAGGAAAAGUGGAGAUCAGAUUCGUAGGAAAUGUUACCGUAAAGGAGAUGUUAUUUGUUACGCUAAACCUGAAAACAUUAAUAUGUUUCACAAACAGUCUCAGAAAAAGGUUGAUUCAGAAAGCAGGCCCAGUCUGGAAAGCGAUGGUCACACAGAUACGAUUAACUCAGGAGAGUCUUUGUUCAAGGCAUUUACAUUUGAACAGAGUCCGAACGACGAGGACACAGAAAAAUGUAUCGCUUUUUGGAAAAGUGUCAUGGAAAAAAACCUGAGCCCAAUAAAAUGCACAAUCAUUGAGAAUACGAAGAAUCGAUCCUCUAUAACUUCCCAAGAAGAAAAAUCAGAAGAAGAGGAAGUGAACGAAAGCAACGAUAACAAUGAAGAUGUUUCCGCAAAAAUACACGAAGAAUACAGGAAUAUGUGGUUAUCAGCGCUGAGAGAGAUUCAAAAAAAGAAACUGAAUGAAGUUGAGUUGACCCACAAGACACGAUGUAAGAUGUGCGAUUCUAUAACAUCUCCAGCUGAGCAAUAUGUACAAGAAGUGGAUGAGCGAGCGAUUAAAAAGGAUAUCAAGGAAUUGAAUAACUGGAAGCCUGUAUCUACCAAGAAACAAAUAAAAACUUCUAGAAAAAUAGAUGAAAGAAGUACUAGUUCCACGGAUAGUUCGAUUAUAGGUACAUCCACCGUGACAAAAAGACACGAAACCCAAAAGAGUCAAUACUCAAAACGCGAAACUUCAGAAAAUGUGAAAAGUAUUUUCGAUAAAUCAAAAGCAGGCGAAGCGCCUGAUUCCAUUGAAGAGAGGGCUUCAAAGAACCGUGUUCCUGACACAAAGACUUACGUAUACAAGGAUGUCAUCGCAGAAAAAAAGAAAAAUGGCGACUACAGCAAAUGGAGGAGCAAUGCUGUUAAAAAUGUUUGCAACUGUAAAAAUGAAGGGUGUCGUUGCAACAUUAACCCCGCUGUAAUAGCAAUUGAGAAAAAUAAAUCAAACCUCUCAUUGGGGGCAAUAAAUACCUACAGAAAUGCAGUUCCGAAAAAAAAUGAAGUAGGUGCAUUGGGACAACGUAAUAAUUCUGUUUCAAAGUGUACGGAACCUCUAUUGGAAAAAAAGCCCGAACAGUGUGCAAAUAAGGAAGGUAUUCAAGUCGAUUCAUUCAGAAGCCAAAGUACGAGAGCGCUAAUGAACAAUAAUAAUCCUUCCGGAUAUGCCAUAUCUCGCAAAAGGACUCUGUCCCUCUUUUUACAGUGCACUUGCAGCAAUACCUCGUGCGAUUGCGCUUCUCGAAAAGAAAUUUUGUCGAGGACACCAGAAGCAUCAUCGGAGUGGGUUAUCCCGAAACGGACAGUUGUUCCUCUCGAGAAAAGGCGAAGUUCCUUGGAAAUUUACAAAAAAACUCUCAGCAGAACCAAAACGUUGGACAAAACGGAAAAUGAACAGUCAUCCAUUCAGAUUAAGAACCGUGUUCCUGAUGAAACUUCUAUCGCGAAUGAAACUGAUGCGAACAAAGAUAGUUUUUCGCCUGAGACUUAUGUUGCUCAACAUAAACCAUCAUCUCUUCAUAUACGUGGUUCACGUAAACUAGGAAAAUCUAUCUCGUUAAUGUUGAAAACUUGUUACUGCAGCAACAAAGAUUGCGAUUGUUAUGAAAUAGAGCAGGUACACAGAGAACCCUCCAUUAUCAUGAAUCAAGAUACGUAUGACAUACCCAAAAGGAUCCCUGUUAAAAGGGUGGAUUCUCUGGAGGUCAUAAAGAAACGGGUCAGCUCAAUUUUGGAUCCGGACAAACUAAGAAGCCUGCAACUUUUAUAUCCGCCAUAUAAUUUUGACGACAAUACAUCAAACUGACCUGAAAAUGUGCCGAGCUGGAAAACACCUUUGUUGAAAUAAAUUCUGACUAAACCA